AUGUUCCUUUGCGCCGUGACUCGUCCUCGAGGGGACUGGGAUAGCAAGAUCGGCCUUUGGCCCAUUGUGGAAACUUACGUCACGCAGCGAGCAAGUUGUAACCGCGCGGCUGGAGUUGAAGAGCUCCGUUCUGUGGCAAUCUCUCGCGAGGUAUCGCGCCAAUUGCUGCUCGAAAAGGUUAUACCAGCAAUUAAGGCGAAGUGGCCGCAAGAAAAAAAGGCCGUUCUAAUCAAGUUGCAGCAAGAUAACGCUCGGACGCAUGUCGAUGAAAACGAUCCCAUCGUCCUGGCUGUGGGAUGCUUCUUUUCCAGCAUCCAGUCUCUACAGUUGCGCACGAGGUUGGGAACAACAGAAGAUCUCAUUGCUGAAGUAACACAGGCCUUUGAAGCUAUGACUACCGACACUCCGAACAAAACCUUCCUGACCCUGCAAAUGGUAAUGACGCAGAUCAUGAAUCAUGGCGGCCGAAACGACUUUCGCCUUGGUCACAUGCAUAAGGACAAGCUGACCAAUGCCGGCACGCUACCAAUCAGCCUACCUUGUGAUAGCCAGACGCUCGUUAGCGCCCACUUCGACAUGGAUAGACUAUCCGCGCUGGAUACUCCUUCACCGCCUGCACAACCACUUCUUGUUCCUCCGCUGCACGACGAAAUGCCUCCACCCUCGCCCUCUGAGCUAGAUCCUUUUCUUUUCUUGUAG